UUUCAGUACGACCUUUCAUUGGUGACCGCCUGCGUCGGUCGACCUUAUUUAUUAUUUUAACUUCACGCUAGCCAUCCCGUUAGAGCACGCACAGCUAGUGGUACCUGGUGUGACCAAGUCAGCCUACCUCAACUCUAAUUUUAGGAAACAUUCAAAACAAAUCCUCCUCCCACAUCUUUUCCUUCUAUCCAGUGUCGCGCGGACUUGUAACUCCUAACCUAGGACACAGCAGCACUCAGCUGUAAGUUAGCAGUCUGGCGUGGUCCGCGAUGGCUAAUAUACUUCUGAAGAAUUUGUAUAUUCCUAUUGGUCUGGUCACACGAUGUAUGUACCCCGCGUUGUCACGCGCAGGUUUCCAGUUGGUGUCACCACUCGGCCAGGCUGCACUCCUCCACUCUCAAACCGCUCAGUUUAACUCCAACAAGACGUCAGUGGUCCGCUGUGGUCGGCAGAAAUAUGAGAGAAUGUACCCCGUGAUGCUGGUCCGUCCUGAUGGCUCUACAAUUAACAUCAGAUACAAGGAGCCCAGGCGCAUCCUCCUGAUGCCAGUAAACCUCUCCACUCUGUCUGAAGAGGAACAACGAAUUCGACAGAAGAAGAGAGAAAUAAAGAAAACUAAAAAACAGACUAUAGAGCAUUAUGAGGAUGAUUUCAAAGUGGACACCUACAAUCACUUAUGGAAGAAAUAGCUUAUUUAUAUAUGAAUUUCAAAUGUAAAACAAACAUUUUAGAAACAAACUUAAGCUUCUGUCUUCUCAUACAGCAUCGUAAAAACUAUAUACAUGUAUGUAAAUAUGAAACAAAGCAAAAAAUAAAGGUGAUUUUUAUAGUGUGGGUGCCA